AUGAAAAGCAAACUAAAGAUCGUUAGUAGAGGCGAGAUGUGGUUCCAUUGGCUAAUUUUCGGUGUAAUUGUUGGUGAGUUAUCAAUUCGAGGUAAGUUUGAAAACAGGUGUCAUCGUUAUGGAUAUAAAAAUGUUUCCAGAUCGAAAUACAAGCCGAAAUUUCUCGUACGCAUCCUUAAAAUGAACGGCAACUUGAUGUACCUCGCCAGUGCAGAGAUUUGUUUCUGAUAAUAGAAUGCAUGAGACCUAGUUCGUCGACCUUUUCCUGUGCAAAUGUCCUCAAACAAUGAGUUGAGGUCAUUAAUUUAAAUUGAGCGCGUAUAUAGUCAAGCUCUGGAACAAUUACUGCUGCAUUUUUCACUUUUCACUUAUUUUACUGGAGUUGAACAGAACUUUUGACUUGUCCAUGCCAUACAGAUGGAGUGCAGGCCUACUGCCGUAAAUUAUACUCCAUGACGUUCAAACAGAGGCGGGUGAUGAUUGUUUGCAAGACUGUGUUGUUACAAUUCAUUGUAACGCGUUACAAGCUACUCGUUAUAUUUGUUGUAAUUUUGGCAUGUAAACAGAUCGAGACAAGUUUACAAACAUUUUUGAAAAGAAACGAAAAAGCUUAAUCACAAAACAAAGGAACGCAUUCCUUUAUCAGAGAAAAAAUAAUAACCUAUAAACCAGGACGCAACUUCUAUACUUGCCGUAAUCAUUUUACUUGCUCUGGGCAAGCCUUCUAUGCAUGUUAAGGCCCUGUCACACUAUUGCGUAUCGUAUAGUAGCGUAUGCCAGCGUAUGAAAAAUAUCACUCGUACGCCGGUAUACGCUGACAUACGCUAGGGGUACGUUAGGCAUAGGUUGUAUACGUUUCAAGUACGCUGGCAAACGGCGAGGCAGAAAAAUUUUUUUAAACAUGCUCAAAAAUUUUGUGCGUAUCGGACGUAUGCUUUAUACGAUAAGCAUACUCUAGGCACACGCUGAAUACGUUAGAGGUACGCCAAAUGUAUACGAUACUCGUACGCUGGCAUUUCAAAGGAUUUUUGUGCGUAUGAAAAUUAUUUCAUUAAUUUUCAUACGCUUCUCAUACGUUUCUCUCGUACGCUAUAGUGUGACAGGGCCUUUAUCAAGUAGUGCUCAUUGCUUUAUAUAUAUAGUGCUCUAUUGUAUCAAUGUCGAGGCAGGUGCCUUGCAUGGGACUUAUCGUCUCGUUUGCUCCUCUCCUUUUAGGCAAUCGAGUAAUUUAUGCGGUGUUAUACCUUUAUGGUAUAACUUUCUACUUUUAUGGUGUAAUACUGUGCCUGUGGUCUAAUAAAGUUCUUGACAUAUAAAUUGGGUUCCGGUUCGACGUUUGAAUUAGGCUUAAAUUAUUUCUGUUUUAAAUUUCAUUUUAGGGAAAUCAGAAUUAACCCAAGGUAAAAACUUUAUGUAGUGUGUCAUAGUCAUGUAAUUGUGUAUUAUAUUGUGUUUUAUUAUACUUACCUUAACUUACAUCGCCAUUAUUAUUUUAUUUCAGCUACGUGCGAUAUGGCUCCUUCAGACAAAACAGAUUGUGGUCUUCCCGGAGUUACAAGACAACAAUGUGAAGCGAGUGACUGCUGUUUUGACGAUGCCGUAAGCGGCGUUCCAUGGUGUUUCUUGAAGAGUAAGCAUACCUUCAUUCAACAAAGUUUAUUCUAAACUAUCCACAGUAGCUGUCAUGUACUUAUAAGCUCAUCCAAACUAUAUCCCGCUUGAGUUUAGAAGAGAUAUCAAUGAUUUGAAGCUAGUUUUCCACUUCAAUCGUAUCCGGUACCGAAACGAAGCGUAUUUCUUUGUUUCCUGAGCGGUAGUGUGGAACUAAUGACUUCGAUACAAAAGAAAAUGCUUCGAUACGUUACGAUACGGUUCAAGUGGAAAACAGGCUUUACUCUACCUUUCAAAUAUAGAACUGGUUUAAUACACCCUUUCGAUAAUUACGUCACACAUACUUUUUGGUCUUGGAGCCUUGCUCUCAUUAGUAAAUUACACAAGGUGAUUGGCUCACGAUUCAUGAGAGCGAGGCUCCCAGGCCAUAUGACGUAAUUAUCAAAAGGGUGUAUUACUACUAAUGCGAAUAAUUUUGUACGUUUUUUCGAACCUAAUCCCAUAGUUAAACACCAACACGACUACUCUCUCUGUUUUCCAAGAUAAACUUCAAAACUUAUAGAGCGUUUGCAUUCAUUCCCCAGGGACCAACUCGACAAAAGCCAUGGCGGCCAUGUUGGUGUUCCAGACAAAAGAGUCGAAUUAAAAUUCUUUUGAAUCGGAACACCAAUAUGGCGGCUGUGACGUCAUGUGCAAAAGCUCUAUAUUCAUCUGAACUGCAUACAAGGCCCACUGCUUUGAAAUUCAAUAGUUUAUUGCAUGUUGCGUUGUUAAAUGUUCUAGGAGGUCAGGCUGGGACGAAUGUCUUGUUCCUUUCUCCUAUCACAACUUGUCAUGUAUUCUUAUCGCAUCUUUAGUUUGUUAUGUAAAGUUUCCUUGCAAUCUUGUAAAAUUAUGCAAAUUGUGACGAACAAUUUAACUUGUAACAAGGUUCAAUCAUCUGCUAUCCCAUAUUAAAGUCGUACCGAAACCCACCAAUAGAAGUGACACACCAAGACACCUUCAUUAAUUUUGUAACAAUUCUUUCUAGCUGAACGUAUUUCGAUGAUAGAUUGUGGAUUUGAAUACCCAGGUUCAUGUGUUUAUACGCAAGAAAGAAGUCAUGCUGAUGUAAAAUUUGUAAAAACAAGAGACAAAAGUAAAUCACGACUCUCAUCUUCUUCAGCUGGGAUUACAUCAAGUAGUCAAGGUUAGUCACAAUAUUGUAUUGCCGCUCUUUUUGCAUACAUUACUGAUUAACGAACUUAAGCAAGACAUAAUCUAAUACGCGGAGAUGUGACAAGAAUGCCUUAUUCUCGAUUUCAAGUCACUUAUGAACGCGCGGGUCCCAGCUUCGUUGCGAAUUGCGAACUUGCCAAUUACGUUUCCAAGUUGGCAAGUUCGAAAAUUGGGCGCGAACUUCACAAGGAAGUUCCCAAGUUCAUUUCAAUGUUUGAACUUCAUUUGUAAACAAAUGUUCAUAGUUCAAUUAUAGUUAUAACCAAUUCAAUGAAAUACAAACGUUCGUGGACCACUGGACCAAGAACUUUCCAGUGAAUUGUUAAUGCAGUAAUUUAACUUGAAGUAUGGACAUUUGUUUACAAUAGAAGUUCAAACAUUGAAAUGAACUUGUGAAUUUUUUUGCGAGGUUCACGCCUAAUUUCCGAAGUUGGAAACGUAGGAUUUGGAGCCUGUGCGCUAAAUAGUGACUUGAAAUCGACAAUUUAUACUUUUGUAGUAACAACGGGAAGAACUAUUAACUAUAUGACGUACUGUUGUAAAACGAAGAAAAAACAAAUUGAUACUAUACUUUUUGUUUGUGGAAACACCACGUUAAUAAUUUUCCACAAACAAAAAGUAUUAUAUGUUUUUAUCGCCAUGCAAUCCUACAAAGAACUUAAAUUGAAACUAUUUUAGAGACGAAUACUAUAGAUUAAGCAUUGCUGUACUAGAUUAAACAUUGCUGCAGGAGGUUCGCUAUUUAUUUCCAUGCAAGAGCAGUCAAUUCAGUCAAUUCCCCAGAAAAAUAUAGAACUAAUAAGUAAUAGAGCUAUCCAGUGUAAAUUAAGUAAGUGUAAUUUAGUUUCCUGGCCUGUAGGAAUGGAUUUUAAUGGAGGAACAGUUUAGAAUUGAUAGAUCUAUUCAGUAUAAAUAAAGAUAGUUUAGUUUAGUUUAGUUUAGUUUAGUUUAGUUUAGUUUAGUUUACGUUUCCUCCUGUAGUAACACUGGAACAACUAGGGAUGGAUCUAAUGGACCUCUUGGGAGAACAGUUUAGAAGUGAUAUAGAUCUAUUCACUAUAACUGAAAGAGAGUUUAGACGUUUAGUUUGUGUUUCCUCCUAUACAUGUAAUAAGAACACUGCAGUAAUAAGAAAUGGUCAUUAAUGGACCUUUAGGAAGAACAGUUUAGAAGUGAUAUAGAUCUAUUCAGUUUAGUUUAGGUUUCCUCCUGUAAUAACACUGGAACUACUAAGGAUCUAAUGAACGUCUGGGGAGAACAGUUUAGAAGUGAUAGAGCUCCAUGUAUGCAAUAUAAACUUGGUUAGUAUAUUCGUACUAACACGACAACAUCUGUUCAGGCACAUGGUACAUCUACCUGCAAUGCGGAUCUGGUACAGACAAUGAAUAUGCAUCCCUCUUAAGUCCUGAAGAACAACCAAUGUUUAAGAAAUGUCUACAGUUCUCCUACAACAUGCAUGGUCCGGACGUGUUUAUAUUGAAAGUGUUCAUAAAGACAGCCGUUGGGUGGGACGACGCCAUUUGGAGACAAAACUCAAACCAAGGACCAAACUGGAAAACAGCCACCGUUCCAAUAACGUCCUUUCAGCCUUUUCAGGUUAGAUUUAACAAAUAUAAAACAUUUUCCGUGUUGAUAUACAGUUUUAGUAUUUUUGCACAAGUGAACAUAACAAACCCUACAAGGUGAUUGGUCAAAUUUGACGUAUUAAUCUGUUAUAUUCACCUACAGGUGAAUAUAACAAAAUCGAAAUUUUCAAAAUGGCGGCUAGCCGUUUUGUUGAAGUUAGUGAUAAGAAAUAAGCGAAAUUAAAAUGAAUUCAGACCAGAAAAACACAAAAAAAACUUGUGCAAAAAUACUAAAACAAUUAUUCGCCUCAGCCCUCAGGCUCGGUGAUUAUCGGGGAAUAUUUACCUCGACUUCGUCUCGGCGAAUAUUCCCCGAUAAUCGAAAAACUCGAUAAUAGAAAAACUCUAUUGUCUCAUUUGAAAGAACGUUUAAAAUUAUCUAUCAAAUCUUGUUGCACAUUUGGACUGAAAACAAUGAGCUAGCCGCCAUCUUGGAUUAAUUCUUCACCUUAUAUAUUAACUGUUAUUUUGAUGACGUCAGGAGUGGGAUAGCCUCAUAAAAUUACUUCUACUUUACUGAUUUUAUAAACUGAUGACUUGAGUAGCGAUACGAUCUGUUAGAAAUAGCUGGGAAAAUGGUAUAAAAACUGUUUACAACCUUCAGAGCUAUUGGACGUCAAUGAGCGCCAUCUUGGCUUCACUUUUCUCACAGGCCGAAUGACUGAAGUUCUUGCUCCAGAUAUAUAUAGAGAUCUCACUAUGGUUGAACAAGACCUAAGCCAAGCCUUGUGCAAUGUAAACUGUGUAUGACUAUACAGGGUGUAUCAAAAAAAGCGCAAUCCUCGACUGAAAUGUAAAUUGCUAAACAAAUAAUAAACGAAAACGUUAAAGUUUACAUUCAUUUUAAAGCGUAGCCAUUCAGCUUUCUAACAGUGGGCUGUUUCUUAAAUUUGACUCAUUGGUUCGUGGGUAAUAAUACUUUACGUUAUUGCGAUUGGAGAUUAAAAAAAUUAAAACAAAAAAAUGUUGCAUUUUAUAAAAUGGAUUGUAACAAUAAGUAUAAUUACGGCUUUUCUUCCACUAUUUUUAACUCAGUUUGAAACUUCAAAUGCGAUAUAAUUUUGGCUUGGGCCAUCUAAGCUGACUGACAUCAACUUGCUAUAAUUUCUGUUUACAUUACAUCGCAAUUCGAUCACAGUCUGGCUCAUGCAGACACCAGAAUGUUUUGACGAUUUUUAGCAUUCGUUUAGGAUUUUCAAACAACCUGGUCUCUUUUAAAAUACUUUUAAUUUGUUCUUACGUGGUUUUCCAGAUGUAGUGACGACAACAUUAAAGUUUAAAGAAGAAAAUUCUAACAUUUAAACCGACUAAACAAUAACAUAGUAAACUUGCAUAAUUAAACAGCAACUAAAAAUGAUAGGUUUACUAAAUCUUUUCCUGUGCCAUUAUUACUAGCAUUGGAGACAAGGAUAAUAGUUUGUUUGAAAGAGAAAAGAGCAGGCUUUGAAGUAAGCCUAAAAGCGUUUAAUUAACUAGAAAUAGUAUUUCGAAAGUUAUUAAGCACAAAAGAUGAAUUGCGUUUAUUUUGAUACACCCUGUAUAGUAUGACUAUAUAUGAUAUUCUCACUGACCCUACUGUUCAUGUUUUAGAUUGUGUUUCAGGCACAUGCGGGCGAUGCUCCUAAUUGUGAUAUAGGUGUUGAUGACAUUAAAAUGAUAGACUGCCCGGAUGCAGGUUAGUUCGUUGACGGAUAUACCUCUAGAACAGUUUAGAUAAAACUCAUGGAGUGUCUUAUACAUUGUUAUAUUAAUUUACAGUAUGUGAGAAAUUAUUAUGUUAAUUUAUGUAGUAAAGAUAUUUUUAUUUUACUUCAUGUAGUACUCAAUGAUUCGGAUACUCACGAGCCGUGGACACAAUGGAAAAAAUGUGAUCAAAGUUGUGGCGCCAAAUAUAGGUCACGUGCAAGAUUUUGGUUUUCACGUGAAACAAAGCAGCCGUACGAUUUCACUUAUCACAUACGAUAUACAACCGCAAGUAACACAUGCCCAGGUAUGUUGCAAUAUGUAUGUAUGUAUGUUGCAAUAUGUAUGUAUGUAUUUCAUUUCCUUUCCAUCCUACAAUAUGCAGCUGUAUGAUUUCACCUCGCUUACAUGCGAGUAGCGCAGGCUGCAUGGGAGUAGCGCAGGCUACAUGCGAGUAGCGCGGGUUACAUGGGAGUAGCGCAGGAUAUAUGGGAGUAGCGCGGGUUACAUGGGAGUGGCGCAGGAUAUAUGGGAGUAGCGCAGGUUACAUGCGAGUAGCGCAGGCUGCAUGCGAGUAGCGCGGGUUACAUGGGAGUAGCGCAGGCUAUAUGGGAGAAGAGUUUUUCCAAUUUGACUCUACCAAUCACCUCCUUUUUUCUCUAUAUACACACGUAAAAACGCACAAGUUGUUACACGUUUGCAAACAAGUUGUUAUAAAUCUGUUCACAAACUGUAGACAAGUUGUAAAAAGUUUGGAACAAGCUGUUAACAACUUGUAACAAGCUUGAUGGCAUUAUCAGACUUGUUACAAGGUUGUUCUGAUACAGUCAUAACAACACGAAUGUUACAAAGUUGAGCAACCUGCUUACAAAUCAAGUUGUAAGCGGGUUGCAUGCGACAGUUUUAUGCAAAAGUUGUGUUAUUGUACUGUAAAUUGGCCUUAAAGUUUUUCAGAUCCAUUAUAAAUAAAGUUUGCUUCGUUUAGGUGCCCUCCUGUGGUAAUACUAGACAAAUACGAGGUGGCCCUUACUGGACCUCUAGCUCUGAAUUGGUGGAGUUAUCGAGUAUAAAUAAAGUUGAUUAAUUGUUUUUUUCCUGUUAAGUUUUUUUCCUGUUACCGGACCUCUAGAGAGAACAGUUUAGAACUAGUAGAGCUAUACAGUCUAAAAAGAAGUAGCCCCAUCCAAAAUUUUUAAUGUUUUCUUCACAGAGGAAAAUCGUUGGUAUUUUGACGAUUUGAAAGAUGGUGAAUUCAACGACGAGUAUGGCAAGGCUUCUGCUACAGUCGUGUCUGGUGCUAUGGAAAGAAACGAUGGAGUCUUAACCGUUAAAACUGGGCAGGAAAGCGUAAAGAUUACAUUUCCAUAUGAUUCUUGCAUUUUUGGCGUUAAAGAGUGCGUAGAUGGCUUCACAUUGUCUUAUUGGAUAAAUUUACAAGACAGUCCAGGUAGUUAGAACUAUCACAUUGCCGAAAUUUGUUUUUCGCUUUGCAUGAAUAACUUCGUCAAAUGGAAAUCGCAUGAACAUUAACUUCGCCUUACCAGGCACCACCCUUUAAAUUGAAUUCAGUCUUUUAGAUUAACGAACUCAACAGUUAACGCACUGAAUCUAAAACGACUUACAUUAUUGCAACCUGUUUUAUUUUUCUGCACAGGUGGUUCGAGUAUUCUAUCCCCGGAUAACAGCACGGGCGUAAGAAUUACACUAGUUGACUCCGUGACCGCAAAUAUAGUUAUGGACAUGAAUGAUAAGCAAUGGAGUAUGAACAUCAGUAUUGCUUCAGACACGUGGACGUACGUCACAAUCACGUGGAGUGCAUGUCAUGGUUUGACUUACUAUGAAAAUGGUCAGGUGAAAGAACACUUGGGAGUUUUUAAAACUAAGCUUGGAGACAGUAGUCCCGAGCCAGUCGGGAAGAAAAGUCUAUUUAUUGGCAAAUCAGAAUCUGCGGAUGGCGCUCUUUUCUCAAUGAUUGAGUUAGUUAUUUGGAACGGAAUGAUAUCACCUGCAGAUAUUAAAGCUCUGUACCUUAAGGGUAUGUUGGAAUUACAUGUAAAUCUAAACUAACUUGAAACUUCUUAGAUAUCUAGUCAGGAUCAUCUCUUAUUGAUCCAGUGUUACUACAGGAGGAAACCUGAAAUAAACCAACUUUAUUUAUAUGGAUAGCUCUAUUAGUUCUAACCCGCUAGAGCUUGUUGGUCCUACCUGAAGAAAAGUGUAACUGAGAACACUUUCCAAUCGGCGAAUAAAUGGAUAUUUCCAAUUUCCAUACCAUGUCUAUGCAAUAAAAUAUUUUCUCCUGUUUAAAUUAAAUUUUUAAUGAUUUAGUUGACCAAACUGAAAGAUUUAUGUUGCUAAAAACUGAUGACGAAAAGAGAUUACAGUGGAAAAAGAGUUAUACAGGGACUCCAUCCAGUGAUACAGGACCAAGCUUCACCUUCCUUCGCACUGAAUUUGGUAGGAAUACUAAAGACUGACUUCAGAAUUAAAUAGCGGUCAGAGGUUUGAAUUGGGGCCAUUGAAAUGAAUAUAACUGUAACGUUACCUUCAGAUAAACUGCCUAUCUUUUCCUUGAAGCCAAAUCUGGACCCCCAAUUAAACACGCGUGUCUGGGGACCAAGACACACGUGUUUUUAUAUCAUGAUUGACUGAUUGCGUGAAAAGACAGGGACUGACCUUCAAGUUUGGUUUCACAUUUCCAGUUGGAGGAAGCAUUCCAGUUCUAUUCAUUUCAAUGAUUGGGAUCAGAGUUAGAAUUCAGGUUGGUUAGUAUUGGGGUUACCCUGGAUCAGGGCGUUUCCUGCUUAGCUUCUGUAGCCUGCACUCAGGCGCGAUUGCAUCCAAGCUUGCCUGUAUGCACCAGAAAACUUCAGCACCCAGGGCUAGAAUUGGAGUUAAAAUUAUUCUGUGAUCACAGUAGGAAUUAAUUUUGCAUGGGUAAAUUCUACGUUUGGAAGGAUUUGUAAGAAACGUUUGUGGGAAACUAACUUAGUAUUUUAACACUAAAUCAGGUCCCUCAAACAUUUCUUACAAAUCCUUCAAAACUUAGAAUUUAUCCAUGCAAAAUUCCUUCUGUGAUCACAGAAAUUUCGAUGGUGUAAACCAGGCUUAAUGCUAACUUAAGCUGUUUCUAAUCAUUAUCCUCCAUAGAUAUGGACAAUGAAGAUCACAAACCGGUCUCGUGUGAGCAAAUCAGGUUGAUGGAUAAAGGUGACGUGGAUGGAUAUUACGUCAUUUUCCCGCAUGGUGCUUGUGGUGAUUCACUGAAAGUGUGGUGUUUUGGUAUGAGUGGUUCGUCACCCAGAGAAUAUAUUGACUUAGAUCCUGCAUUAAAUUAUGGUUUAUUGGCAGGGUUAGACGCACCGUGUGAACAGGCGAAUUAUCAAGCCCGUGGGAAGAGCUGGUUUAAUAAGGUUUGAAACUUUUCGCUGUUUUAAACUGUUUUGUCAAUUUGUCCGACUCCCAUUCAAAUUUUUGCAUGCCAUGCCACACUAUACCAUACCAUACCAUACCAUACCAUACCAUACCAUACCAUACCAUACCAUACCAUACCAUACUAUAUCAUACCACACCAUACCAUACCAUACCAUAUCAUACCAUACCAUACCAUACCAUACCAUACCAUACCAUACCAUAUCAUACCAUACCAUACUAUAUCAUACCACACCAUACCAUACCAUACCAUAUAUCACACCAUACCAUAUCCAUACCAUACAGUGCCAUACCAUUUGUCUCAUGAGCAUACCAUACCAUACCAUGCCAUGCCAUUUGCUCUCUGAAACAGUUGUCAUUUGAAGGGAGUUUGGAAAGUUUUGAAAUAAGGAGGGGCAUUGGUAAAAGGAGGAGACAAUUUUAAAAAAAGAGGCGGUAAGACCCCCUUCCGACCAUGAAACAACAUCACCAUGCACAAAUCUUUUGAAUUUAGCUUCAGCAUACUGCAAUGGUGGACUUCAAUAUUUUUUCUCUUCAGACACGAGUGGUCCCGGACAGUAUGAAAGUUGACAUUUCGGACGGUAGUUUUACAACAUUUGUUGAAAAUUCUGUUCCCUACAGCGUUGGCGGCGCCUGUUAUAGUGGCACGUACGAUGCGACGUGCACUCAUUCUGGUUAUUUCAAUAUUAACUUAAAGAAUACCACUGUACGGGUGAAACCAACUGUAAACUGGAAGGGUACAGGUUAUUGGAAUCCGUCGGAUUUUCCGAAAAUGGUGAACUUUAGAAGAUCGCCAGACAGUCGUGAAAUUUCAGCGAAUUGCGGCGGUCAUUGUGGACAUUGUGAACCUGACGGGGAUUUAAUUUUGGAACUGGCUUCGUGUGUCCAGAAGA